CCGGCCGCGCUCCGCGCCGCCUAGGACGCGCGCACCGAGGCGCACCGAUGAACCGCCGCCCUCCCGGCUCCUCCGGCGUGCAAUGGCUUAACCGGAGAGACAUGAGCGUCCGGGCGGAGGACAGCAUCACCCUGUGCCAGAGGGCUCUGCAGAUCGUCACGGAACUUUGUCUGACGGGAAACGUCGACCGGGAGAAAUGCGCGGAUAUUUUCCCCCUGGAGAGCAGCAUACCAGGUAAAGGACGCGCAGACAUCUCCAUCAGCCUGCUGGCUGUGGUGGUGGGCUUCUGCGGCCUCGCCCUGCUGGCCGUCUCCCUCUUCGUCUUUUGGAAGCUGUGUUGGCCCAUUUGGAGGAGCAAGGCUCUGUCAGCCCACAUUGCUGAAAAUGGCCUCCGGGUGGGCUUCCCCGAGCCGCCGCCACCGCCGCCGCAGCAGCAGCCCAACUCGCCGCCGGUCACCGACUGCAAAGAGGUGGAGAAGAAGUACCCGCUGGAAGCCAAGGUGAACGGGCGCAGCACGGUCAAGCUGCUGGAGGCGGCCAUGAAGAUCAGCCAGACGUCUCCGGACAUCCCGGCCGAGGUGCAGACCGCCCUGAGGGAGAAGCUGAGCCAGCAGGCCAAGAUCCAGAGGCAGACCACCGAGCCCACCUCCUCCUCCAGGCACAACUCCUUCCGGCGCCACCUGCCCCGCCAGAUGAACGUCACCAGCGUGGACUUCAGCAUGGACGCCAUGCCUCUCCGCCAGUCGUCGACCACGAGCAUCGGAAGGAUCAAACCCGAGCUGUACAAGCAGAAGUCUGUGGACUCGGAGGACGAGGCCAAAGAGCCGGCGGAGACGUGCGGGAAGCUCAGCUUCUCGCUCCGCUACGACUACGAGGAGCAGGCUCUGGUGGUCCGGAUCCUCAAGGCCCUGGAUCUGCCCGCCAAAGACUUCACGGGCACCUCCGACCCCUACGUCAAGAUCUACCUGCUGCCGGAGAGGAAGAAGAAGUUCCAGACGCGCGUCCACCGCAAGAACCUCAACCCCAUGUUCGACGAGACCUUCAGCUUCCCCGUGGUGUACGACGAGCUGUGCAACCGCAAGCUGCACUUCAGCGUGUACGACUUCGACCGCUUCACCAGCCACGACAUGAUCGGCGAGGUGGUGGUGGACAACCUGUUUGAACUCUCUGACCUCUCCCGGGAGGCGGUUGUGUGGAAGGACAUCCACGCCGCGACCACGGAGAGUAUCGACUUGGGAGAGAUUAUGUACUCGCUGUGCUACCUGCCCACCGCGGGCAGAAUGACCCUCACAGUCAUCAAGUGCAGAAACCUCAAGGCCAUGGACAUCACCGGCUCCUCAGAUCCGUACGUGAAGGUUUAUCUGAUAUGUGACGGACGGAGGCUAAAGAAGCGAAAGACCACCACCAAGAAGAGCACCCUGAACCCGUCGUACAACGAGGCCAUCAUCUUCGACAUCCCGCCGGAGAACGUGGAGCAAGUCAGCCUGUCCAUCAUGGUGAUGGACUACGACCGAGUCGGACACAACGAGGUGAUCGGCGUGUGUCGCACCGGGCCGGACGCCGAGGGCCUCGGGCGGGAUCACUGGAACGAAAUGCUGGCGUACCCGAGGAAGCCCAUCACGCACUGGCACGCUCUGGGAGAGGAAGGCGCAGUGGCCUGGAAGAGCGGCAAGCUUUGAGAGCCAGGGUUCAUGUCCGUCACCCAAACCUCCACAGACGCCCUGAUGAUGGGAGGGAGAGCGGCGGCGGCG